GUGUCAGUUACGAGCUGUAGAGAAGCGACACAAUUCUCGACGUAGACGAAUUACCCAGAAAAAAGCCAGAACUGUGGUGUCCCCGGACGAGGCCCGACCCUACACGCCUCCUGAGGAUACAGGGAGUGAGGUGGGUACCACAGAAGCCAGUACAAGCAGUACAGCUAGUGGGGGCAUCACCAGCAACGGUCAACCCAGCAGCAGCAGCACCCACCACACGGAGGAGUCAGAUGAAGACAGCAAGGAUGCCCGCCUUACCGCCUCCAUCAGUGGGAGUACCUCCAGUGAUAUAGACUCUAUGAUCAUCCAACACCGUCUCGAUGUUCAACAGGAGAGAUACGCCCAUAAGCGCCAUCGUCAAUACGCCUCCGGGGAGUCGUGUAAUGGACCAUCAGAUCUCGAAGUUGCAGCAGUAUUAGGGGUGGAUAUGAGACCUGCAGAGCAUAGACGGGAGAGACCUCGCAGCAAGUCUACAAGCAGGGACACGUCCUCGCUACUACAAUCGAAUUCACACUCGGACAAGGUUAAACGUUUCUGGGAAAACGUGGAAGAAUCGAGUAAUCGACAUAGUCAUUAUAUUUCUUCAAGAAGAAGCAGUCGUCAAAGUAACUUCAGUACCUCGGAGGGCAAGUCAGACCGCACAAGCAGUCAAGUCAGCCUGAGGGACUCACAAGGCAACAGAAGACGCCCAUCUCGCAUAUUUAGUAGUCUAGAAGGCCAGUUAGAUGAUAACUUAAACGAACGGUCUUCCUCUCAUCAGGAUUCAAUCGAGGAAUUCAGCAAUCGACCAGGAUCCUCCAAGAGCAGAAGAAGACAACGUAGUUUAGGAAAGAGGGGCAGCAAAAGGAAAACCCAGGAAAAGGAUGAUAAAGUUGACAGCUUUUAUAGUCAACAGGUGUUUACUUCUUCGUCUGGCAGCGAGGCUCAAGUGGCUUCAGGCAAUGCCACCGAAGAGAUAGAGAAAGAGGAGAAAAAAGAAAACGAAGAGAAACAGAAAGACAAAGAAGAAAAAGAGAAAGAUACGGUAAUAGAAGAUACAAUUAUGGAAAACACAGUUAACGAUGAAGCUGAAGAAAAUGAAGGCGCUGAAGAACUGGUAGAAUAUGACGAGCAAAGUGCGGGAAGCGGCAAGAGAGAGGUUAUAGAAGCAUCGAUCUCAAGUGAGGUGAAAUAUGAGGGAGGCAUUAUCAAGGGCGAAGAGAAGGCGGAGGAGGAAGCGGUGGUGGACUCUGUAGAAGAACCCGAGAACCAAGAUGAGUCGGAAGAAAUUACCACGAAAGUAAAAAAUAAGUCAGGAUGGAAGAGUGAAGAUGAAAACACAAUAAGUGAAGAUGUGAGAGAGGACUCUGACAUUGUUACUCUUUGUUGCAGCGAGGCGGAAGUAGUCGAGGAGGAUGGAGAAAAGAGAGAGUGAAUGUAAAUAGGAAGGAGGUAGAGUAUAUGAAGAAAAAGAUAUGGAUAAAUAAAUUAAUAAGUGGAAAAAUGAGAGAUGAUUUACAGAUAAUCCUAUUUAAUUAUUCAUUCCGUUGUUUAUUUGGAUUUAAUGUUUGCUAUCAAGAUAAAAAGACAGAUGAAGGAAUGAGUACCAAUAAGAAACUAGAAGGAAGGUUGUGCUAUCAUGCUGGAAAGGAAGCAAGGGAGCGUAAUUCCACUCCAACUAAUAAAAGGGACUAUGAUGAACUACCUCUCAGUUUGUGUGGGGAACACUAUGGUCACAAGAUGGCGCUGGCCAUCAGUCAGAGUGGUGUAUAACUGGCCGGUCUUAUCCUAACCUAAUCCUUUACCACAAGCCUGCAUCUCGAGAUACUUCUAAGUGCCUUACUUUAUCCUCUUUGCCAUUUGAGCAGUCAUUCACGUUUUUGUUAUGCAUUGUUGGCAACUAUCAAACAUGUACAGAUUCCAAAAUGUAUGAGAAUCUGCACCACUGUUGAUAAAAUCUCGUCUUUAAAUUCACACUUGCUGUCAUAACACUGGCAGGUUUUCCAGUUCACAAACAUCACUCCCAAAAAGUUUCCCCUGACAUUAUUUUGAAG